CCCCAUCGCCUCUCUCCCCUCCCGGACCCCUUCUCUCUCCUCCGCCUCCGCCCCCGCCGGAGCCGGUGCGGCGGCCCGCCGUACCGCCUCAUCCCCGACCCCCGCGGCCGGCGGAUCGCCGGAUCCGUGUCCGUGCCCGAUCUCGAGGCGCGUCCUCGGCUCCCGCCGAUCCAGUCGGGGUUUCGAUCCGAUCCGGGCGGCGCGAUCCCGUCGGGCUCCGUUGGGCGAUUCUGCGGCCGGGGGCUCGGAUUCAGGGGGGGGGGGGGGUUCCUGGGUGAUGAAGGUUUCGGCGUCCUUGUUGUUUGGAUCCGUCUAUCGCACGACUCCCUUGGUCGUGUCCGACUAGUACCCCUGCUUCCGUUGAGGGCCAAUAUAGAGGCGGCGCUCGUGGGCUCUGGGUUCAUCCGAAACAGGUCGUGCUCUGUUCGGUUUCGUGCGAAAAGCGUCGAUUUUGGGGCGGUUCGGUUCGAAUUUUGCCGAGCCUUUUUCGUGCUCUGAGGCGCCGAUCUGUGCGGUUUAGCGUUCUUGAGAUUUUGUUCUGAAGGCGGCUUGUCCUGGAGGGAGGAUUACUUGGUUGCAUUAUCGUAGAUUAGAGGCGCCACCGUUCUUGUGUGAUAAAUGGCGACCUCUAACAAGCCAAUAUCGUUGGCUGGGCCGUUGGACGCUGAUGUCCAGAGGACGGUGGAAUUGAACAAGUUCUUGGUUGAGGCCGGCCUAUAUGAAAGUGCCGACGAGUCUGCUAGGCGAGAGGAGGUGCUGGGGGAGCUUGACAAGAUUGUAAAAGAUUGGGUGAAACAGUUAACUAGCCAGAGAGGAUAUACUGAUCAAAUGGUCGAAGAGGCAAACGCCGUGCUUUUCACCUUUGGGUCAUACCGUCUAGGGGUCCAUGGACCUGGGGCUGACAUCGAUACUCUAUGUGUUGGACCUUCAUAUGUGAAUCGCGAGGAAGACUUCUUCAUUGUACUGCAUGACAUAUUAGCACAAAAUGAGGAAGUGACUCAAUUGCAACCUGUACCUGAUGCACAUGUACCUGUGAUGAAAUUUAAGUUCCAUGGGAUAUCCAUCGACCUUCUAUAUGCCAGUGUUUCUCUCUUAGUAGUACCAUCUGAUUUGGAUAUCUCUCAGGAAGCAGUGCUUUAUGACAUUGAUGAGGCAACUGUUCGUAGUCUUACUGGCUGCAGAGUGGCUGACCAAAUUCUUAGGCUUGUUCCGAAUAUUGAGAGCUUUCGAACAACACUAAGGUGUUUAAAGCACUGGGCAAGAAGAAGAGGUGUUUAUUCUAAUGUUACUGGUUUUCUUGGAGGUGUGAAUUGGGCUUUACUGGUUGCACGAGUCUGCCAGCUCUAUCCUAAUGCUGUGCCAAGCAUGCUGGUCUCGAGAUUCUUCAGGGUUUUUACCCAGUGGCGCUGGCCAACUCCAGUGAUGCUUUGUGCCAUUGAGGAGGAGGAACUUGGCUUUCCUGUGUGGGAUCCACGCAAAAAUCCUCGUGACAGAACACAUCAUAUGCCCAUUAUCACCCCAGCAUAUCCAUGCAUGAACUCCAGCUAUAAUGUUUCGACGAGCACCCUGAGGGUUAUGAUAGAACAAUUCCAGUUUGGCAAUAAAAUAUGCCAGGAAAUUGAGAUGAAUAAGGCUAGUUGGUCUGCCCUUUUUGAGCCUUUCAAUUUUUUUGAGGCGUAUAAAAAUUAUUUGCAAGUUGACAUCAUCGCUGAGGAUGAUGAAGAUCUCAGACUUUGGAAGGGAUGGGUGGAGUCUCGAUUGAGGCAACUGACGUUAAAGAUUGAGCGGGACACCUAUGGGAAAUUGCAAUGCCAUCCAUACCCAUAUGAGUAUGCAGACCCUUCUAGACAGUGUGCACAUUGUGCUUUCUUCAUGGGCUUAUCAAGGAAAGAAGGUGUGAAAAUACAAGAAGGUCAGCAGUUUGAUAUUCGUGGAACAGUUGAUGAGUUCAGGCAUGAGAUCAACAUGUAUAUGUUCUGGAAGCCUGGGAUGGAGUUGGCGGUUUCGCAUGUCCGGAGGAAAGAGAUUCCAGCUUAUGUGUUUCCAGAAGGAUACAAGAGACCUCGUCCUCAAAGGCAUUUGAACCAUCAGCACCACUCUGAUAAGAAUGACCCUGGAAAUGGAUCUCCAGACAGCCAGCUGAAGAGAAAGCAUGAUUCUACUGGGAUUGAUGAUACUGAACCUUGCCGGUCUGUUAAGAGGGCUUCAAUCAGUCCAGUUCACCCAAAAACUUCAUCACCUCGGUCAGGCAAUGUUAGUGAUGAGCCCAUAAGCAAUAAUCAACAAAAGGUCACUUCUAAUGCAAGUGGUGGGAGUCAGGAUUCACCUGGCAGUGGCAAUCAAGAUCAAACAAAGUGCUCAAGUUCAUCACAUGCAUCUGAGAAAAGCUUGGAUUCAGUCGCAUCAGGCUCCAAGUGUGUGAAAAUUGAAGCGGUUUGUUCUGGUGACGUGACUAGCAAGCAUGUUGAUUGUAUUUCACCUGUCAAGGACAGCACUGCUCCAACCGUAGCAGUGAGUACAACUUUAAAGCGUGUUGCCGAGAAGGUUGUUUUGGAGCUUGUUGGAAGUGAAAGCAUCGGCGGCAAUAAUGCAGAGUUACUGCAGAUUGCAGAAACAGACAUGGGAAAUGUCCUUGUUGAAAAUCUGCACUUCGGUGGGAAUGGAGUUCCUCAGAGCGGCCUCCCUGAAGAGUUAGAGCUGAACAAUGGGAUUGAAGUGCUUUCUAAAGCUCAUGCAGGUUUGAAGUCGGAUGGAUCCCAGAAGUCAUCAUUGAGAGUUAGUUUGACAUCAACAGCAUGAGGUUCCAGAGCCGGGUGGAAUGGAGGGUCUGGUGUCCCUUUGGUAAGUUGUUCAACUCACAAACUUUCCUUUUCGACACAGAUCUGCAAACACUGGGGACUUGAAGGAAGAUGGUGGUAAAAUCAUGUCUGGCAAUGGCAUGGCAAAAACAACAAACAAGCGAAGUUUCUUUCAUGGAAGGUCAUAAGAUCUUUGCCAACUCUAGUCUAGAUCUGUGGCAAGUUCAUUUAUGGAACUAGCUCGCUCCGCGGCUUAAUUUGUCGAUUCUGUCUGGAGUUGCGGUGUAGCUCACCCUAAUGUAUGGAUUGAACUCCAGCAGGCUCCUUGGGUUGACUUGUUUACUUCCCAGGGAUUCCGCUGUAGGUCUAGAUUAGAGAGAUGUGCUACUAUCCUUCUGUGUUUCUCAAGACCCCUUUGUACCCUCCCAACCUUCGUAAUAUAAGAUCUGCAAGACGGUUCCUUGUACUUUAGCA